AUGGCGGGCGUGGCUACGGCGUAUUCGACUGACGCCUUGGCCUCAUCUGGAGGCGCGGACACUGAGAAAUGGGAGUUUGCGGUACCGAUCAGCGGCGACGUAAGUACCUCAUCUCCGAUCCCACUCCGAGCCCUUCGGGGUCCCGUGCCUGUUGCUGUAGGAAAUCAAUCGGUGCGAUGGAAUGGAUGCGGAUGGACGGGAGAGAAAGAAAGGGAGGAGCUUAUGACUGACCCCCUCGCACAGGGCACUACCCAGCAUUCUUCAAAACCACGGACCUCUCACGAUUCAAGCUCUGUCCGUGCGAGAUCUACCAGGAAUCGAAACUCCAAUGGCUCACGCAGCUCCUCCGUCUCCCGAACCGUUCACGGACACGAUGCUCCUUACUAUUCCACCCGCGGCCGACGAGACCAGAGUUUAAACCGACAUGGCAGCGACCUCAGCAGCCGACGCGAUACCUCCGGCCAGGACAUCACAAACGGCAAGGAACUCGGCGACGACCAGGACGAGGCUUCGUCCAACACCCAAGAAAUGAAUCACGAAAACUGGAUCCAUCGGGACAAGCUCGCCAAAAUCGAGAGCGAAGAGUUACACCAGGCGGCCAUAAUGUUUCAACGGCGGAUGAGAACCGAGAGCAAGUCAAGUGUCGGACGUGGACGGAGCCAUGAUUCUCAGCAGAGCACCGCAAAUGGUGACACGGCGGUGAACUCACCCAGCGCAGAGCACUCAGAGCCCUGGCCUGAACUGCGGGAAGAACAGCGGGGCGGUGCGGGCACUGGUGAUGGUGAUGAUGAGGACGAUGAGGACCGUAAACACUGGGAUUUGCGCCGGCCCGAAGAAAUUGCUGCGGAUGAAGCGGCGGCCAGCAUCUACAGUCACCCGGGUUUGCGAAAGAGCUCUUCCAGGAUUCCUAUUUCGACUGCUAGUCCGGUGCCUCUGAUUCCCGGACGCGAGUCUCGUGGCCCUCGCAGCCGUGCUGCCACGGACGAGAUGGAUGACAGUGAUUUCUCUCGAGGUCGUAGAGCUAGUGAACCCCUUCAAACCGAUGCGGAACCUACCACUCCCUCACCCGGAAGCCGUCCCAACAGCCGAGGAUUUAGCACUACCCAAAAUACCCCUGCGAAGAAGACCUCAGCGAAGGCCACCGGAUCUGCCACGCGCAAGACUUCUGCGCCCCCUACGAACCGAAAGACCUCUUCGACGGCUAGGUCGCGAGCCGUCUCUGGCAACGCAAACCAGCGACCUACCACCCGGGGCAACGAAAGCCGUCCGACAACCGCUGUGAACCGUCCAGAGGGUGAUCCUCCAUGGCUAGCUACUAUGUACAAGCCAGACCCUCGCCUCCCUCCUGAUCAGCAAAUGCUUCCCACCCUCGCCAAGAAGAUGCAACAGGAACAAUGGGAGAAGGAAGGCCGAACCCCCACCACUUAUGACCGCGACUUUGCGCCUCUGGCUGUUCACCCUAACGACAUGCCUCAUGUCCCACCAAAGACAGAGGAACCGGAGGAGCCAGCCGAGCCAAAGGUCGAAGAGCCACCUCAGCCCCCCAAGAGCCCUGAGCCACCGCGUCCGAACACGAGCACUGGCUACAGCACCAUGCCGAAGGUCCAGGAUACGCCGCCGUUGGGAUUGACUCCCAACCCGAACUGGAACCCUCCAGUUGUGUCUGCACAAGAGCAACCCAAGAAAGAAAAGAGUUGCGGAUGCUGCAUCGUUAUGUGA